AUGCAGCAAAAGAGCGAGAGAGGCGAUGGCAGCCCGGGCGCCGCGCGCGCAGCCACCGGCACAGCUGGCUCCCACUCUAGCAGCGAAGAGUUUGAGAGCGAAGAACAGGAAUUUUCUGAUAUGACCGGAACUAGCGAGUUGGAAGACAUGAGCUGGGUCGAGUGGUUCUGUACGCUGAAAGGCAACGAACUGUUUGUCGUCGUCGACGAGGACUUCAUUCGAGACGACUUCAACCUCACAGGGCUCGCGAGUCAAGUUCCGCUUUUCGAGGAGGCUCUCGACAUCGUGCUGGACAAUGAGCAGUCUGAGGAAGAAGAAGACGAAGAGGAGCAGCGGAAGUCUGCAAUGGCUGAGCAGGCUGCAGAGCUCCUCUACGGCCUCGUUCACGCGCGCUUCUUAGCCACAGCGAGAGGUUUGCAGCUGCUGCAGCAGAAAUACGCGCAGAAGCAGUUCGGCGUCUGUCCGAACAGCGCAUGCGAGGGCUGGGCUCUCUUGCCGACGGCGUUGACUGACACGCCCAACAAACACACCGCUAAAGUCUUCUGCGCCAAGUGCUGCGAGCUUUACAACCCGCCGAAGGGUAGCCGGCUGAACUACUUGGACGGCGCGUACUUCGGGACCUCCAUCGCCCAGAUUUUCUACAUGCAGUUUCCGUUCCUCUUGCCGCCUCCUCGCGCGGCGAGUGCUUCGCCGACGCCAUACUACGUCCCCACGGUCUACGGCUUCAAAGUGUCUCCGCAAGUCAAGACGCGCCUGAGGCUUCAACAAGUCCCCCGGGUGAUUCAGCAGGCGCAGCAGCGGGCCGAUGAAGAGAGACAGGCUCUCCUGGGCAGCCCCAGCGCCGCAGCCGCCGCCGCCGGAAUCUCCGUAGCCGCGGUCGCCGAAAGCGGCGCCGCCCUUACGGUUCCAGAAGAGAGACGAUGA